CCAACCUACAAGCACCAGCAAGCAUCAGCACCAAACAUCAACACCAACAUCAACAUCAACACUCGAGACCAAGCCAGCAACAAACUCUGCAGCAUCCUCAACCCAACACUGAUACUAAGAGCCUGCCUCGCGCACUUCCACCACACAACACACAUCACAAUGUCCGCAAAAGUUCAGUACCUUACUUCCACAUCUUCGGCUUCGUCAUACUCGUCCUCCGACUCCGACCUGUCUUCGACAUCAUCAGUCAGGCACAGCAUGGACUCGACACCACCCAUUGUCUCGGUUGAGGUACUCCGGUGCCUAAGGUGCGCCCGCGCCGAAGAGAUCACCUCGACAGACGACCCCAGCUCCUCGGGAAUGGUCCAAAUUGGCACCAACAUCUAUUACUGCAACCGCUGCGCCAAGAUGACUGGCUACAAGUGAAUCAACAAAAGCAGUCUGCCUUCUCACCAUCAAUCACCACGGUUGGAAUGUGUGGGAAUUGGCCACUUGGGAUCUACGCAUCAUCUUCGCACACGCGAAACACCCACAGCCUCCAGCUUCGAAGCGACAACUCGACAUUCCACGUUGCACCGGAGUCGAAUAACGGCGGAUUUUGAGAGUCUGGACCAAAGCGUCCUGAUCGAUCGACGCAAGUACCGGCGAUCACGGUGGCAAUUUCCUCUGCGGCGG